CCGCAGCCAAUUCGCGCUGAGGGCGGGCUGCGUGCGGUGGAGCUGGCUGCAGCGUGGCUUCCGACUGGCCCGCGCGAGCCCACACCGCAAAUCUCGCCUGCCCGCUGUGCAGUACAAAUACUUCCCCUCCUCGCUGCCCUUCUCUCUCUCUCUCUCUUUUUUUUUUUUCCUUCACCCACCACUCUCAGGUCUCGUCCGUCUUCCAGCCCAGUAGCAAAAAAAGACAGCUUCCCACUUCAAAGCCUUACCAGUACAGAUCACUAUCCCCCAGUGAUCGUCUAACACCGCCAAAACGUUUUCCAAUCUUCUUCCUUCGUGCCACCACCCGUUCAACGGUAGCCGGCGCUCGUCCGCUCGUGGAGGAGCAUCGGAUUCUCCCUACGUGAGAUAAUUUCAGACCCGCCAUUGACUCGUCCAUCUUGUCACACCCCCUCAUCGACUCUCGAUUCUCUCAAUUCCUCUCGAAUCUCUACAAAUCGAAAUUCGCGAACAAUGGCUCCACACGCUGACGCUGCUGCCAAUGGCUCCGUGAACGGGUCGGCUACCCAAUCCAACCUUUUCAAGGUUGAAUCCCCCGACGUUGUCUACACCGACAACGAGAUUAACACCAAGUACGUCUAUCGUACUACCUCCGUCACCCGCACCGAUGAUGGCAAGUAUGUUGCUUCCCCAAAGGAAACCGUCUACAACUUCAAGGUCGACCGCAAGGUCGGCAAGGUCGGCAUGAUGUUGGUCGGCUGGGGUGGUAACAACGGAACCACCGUCACCGCUGGUAUCAUGGCCAACCGCCGUGGCCUCGUCUGGGACACCCGCGAGGGCAAGCGCGCUGCCAACUACUACGGCUCCCUGGUCAUGGGUUCCACCGUCAAGCUCGGCACCGAUCCUGAGACCGCCGAGGAAGUCAACAUCCCCUUCCGCGACAUGCUUCCCAUGGUCCACCCCAACGAUCUCGUCGUCGGCGGCUGGGACAUCAGUGGAAUGAACCUCGGCGACGCCAUGGACCGCGCUGCUGUCCUCGAACCCUCCCUCAAGGAGAUGGUCCGCAAGGACAUGGCCGCAUUGAAACCAUUGCCAAGUAUCUACUACCCAGACUUCAUUGCUGCCAACCAGGAGGAUCGUGCCGACAACGUCCUUCCGGGCUCCAAGGCCUGCUGGGACCACGUCGAGCAGCUCCGCAAGAAUAUUCGGGAGUUCAAAUCCACCAAUGGUCUCGAUAAGGUGAUCGUACUCUGGACCGCCAAUACUGAGCGUUAUGCCGAUAUCGUGGCUGGCGUCAAUGACACAGCGGACAACCUCGUCAAAGCCAUCAAGGAGGGUCAUGAGGAAGUUUCUCCCUCCACCGUCUUCGCUGUGGCCUCCAUUCUUGAGAACGCUCCUUUCAUCAACGGAUCUCCUCAGAACACCUUUGUUCCUGGUGCCAUCCAGUUUGCCGAACAGCACGGAGCUUUCAUUGGUGGUGAUGACUUCAAGUCCGGUCAGACCAAGAUGAAGUCCGCCCUCGUUGACUUCUUGAUCAACGCCGGUAUCAAGCUCACCUCCAUCGCCAGCUACAAUCACCUUGGCAACAACGAUGGAAAGAACCUCAGCUCCCACAGACAAUUCCGAUCUAAGGAAAUUUCCAAGUCGAACGUUGUUGACGACAUGGUCGCUGCCAACCACGUGCUCUACAAGAAGGGUGAACAUCCUGACCACACCGUUGUCAUCAAGUACAUGCCUGCUGUUGGAGAUAUCAAGCGAGCUCUUGAUGAGUACCACGCCGAAAUCUUCCUUGGCGGCCACCAGACGAUCAGCAUGUUCAAUGUCUGCGAGGACUCCUUGUUGGCGUCUCCGCUCAUCCUUGACCUGGUCCUGCUUGCCGAGGUCAUGACUCGUGUCAGCUGGAAGGUCGCUGAUGGCGACAAGUUCAAGGGAUUCCACAGUGUUCUUAGCGUUCUGAGCUAUAUGCUUAAGGCCCCGAUGACUCCUCCAGGAACCCCUGUCGUGAAUGCAUUGGCCAAGCAACGUGCUGCUGUCACCAACAUCUUCCGUGCCUGCGUUGGUCUCCAGCCCGAGUCCGACAUGACCUUGGAGCACAAGCUGUUCUAAGCGCUCAGGCGGAAACUGCUCCGAGCUCAUGUGAUCUGACUCGUCGAUGCUUGCUAUGCAUUCAAUUUGUGUCUCUGGACUUUGCAAAGUAUUACUUAAGGUAGUUGUCUAGGAAAUUCAGAAGUUCCCACUACAG